GCGGGCGGCACUGCGUGGAGCCCGGCGCCGGCCGCGGCAGGCGCCCCGGUUCCUGCCCGCUCCCGCGGAGGAGCCGCCGCCCGCCGGGCACCAUGAACAGCAGCGGCGCCCACAUCACCUACGCCAGCCGCAAGCGGCGGAAGCCGGUGCAGAAAACUGUCAAGCCAAUCCCAGCUGAAGGAAUCAAGUCAAAUCCUUCCAAGCGACAUAGAGACCGACUUAAUACAGAGUUGGACCGUUUGGCUAGUCUGCUGCCUUUUCCACAAGAUGUUAUUAAUAAGCUGGACAAACUUUCAGUGCUUAGGCUCAGUGUCAGUUACCUAAGGGCCAAGAGCUUCUUUGAUGUUGCAUUACAGUCCUCCCCAACUGACAGAAAUGAAGUCCAGGAAAACUGUAGAACAAAAUUCAGAGAAGGUCUGCAUCUGCAAGAAGGAGAAUUCUUAUUACAGGCUCUGAAUGGCUUUGUGCUGGUUGUCACCACAGAUGCUUUGGUCUUUUAUGCUUCUUCUACCAUACAAGAUUACCUAGGGUUUCAGCAGUCUGAUGUCAUACAUCAGAGCGUAUAUGAACUUAUUCAUACUGAAGACCGAGGUGAAUUUCAGCGUCAGCUACACUGGACAUUAAACCCUUCACAGUGUACAGACUCUGGACAAGGAGUUGAUGACGCUAAUGGGCUGCCACAGCCAGUAGUCUGUUAUAACCCAGACCAGCUUCCUCCAGAAAACUCUUCCUUAAUGGAAAGGAGCUUCGUGUGCCGACUAAGGUGUCUGCUGGAUAAUUCGUCCGGUUUUCUGGCAAUGAAUUUCCAAGGGAGGUUAAAGUAUCUUCAUGGACAGAACAAGAAAGGGAAAGAUGGUUCAAUACUGCCACCUCAGUUGGCUUUGUUUGCAAUAGCUACUCCACUUCAACCACCAUCCAUCCUUGAGAUCCGAACCAAAAAUUUCAUCUUUAGAACCAAACACAAACUAGACUUUACACCUACUGCUUGUGAUGCCAAAGGAAAACUUGUUUUAGGCUAUACUGAAGCAGAGUUGUGCAUGAGGGGAUCAGGAUACCAAUUUAUUCAUGCUGCUGAUAUGCUUUAUUGUGCUGAGUACCAUAUCCGGAUGAUUAAGACAGGAGAGAGUGGCAUGAUAGUAUUCAGGCUCCUUACCAAAGACAAUCGAUGGACCUGGGUUCAGUCUAAUGCACGUUUAGUGUAUAAAAAUGGAAGACCAGAUUAUAUCAUUGCAACACAGAGACCUCUAACAGAUGAAGAAGGAACAGAACAUUUACGAAAACGAAAUAUGAAGUUGCCUUUUAUGUUUACUACUGGAGAAGCUGUGUUGUAUGAGAUAACAAAUCCCUUUCCUCCCAUGAUGGAUCCCUUACCACUAAGGACUAAAAAUGGUGCAAGUGGAAGAGAUUCUGCUACCAAAUCAACUCUAAAUAAGGAUUCUCUCAAUCCCAAUUCCCUCCUGGCUGCCAUGAUGCAACAAGAUGAGUCUAUUUAUCUCUAUCCUUCCUCAAGUAGUACACCAUUUGAAAGAAAUCUUUUUAAUGACUCUAUGAAUGAAUGCAGUAAUUGGCAAGACAAUAUCACACCCAUGGGAAGUGAUAGUAUCCUAAAACAUGAGCAAAUAGGUCAUUCUCAGGAAAUGAAUCCAACACUCUCUGGAGUUCAACCAGGGCUCCUUCCUGACAAUAGAAAUAGUGACUUGUAUAGCAUUAUGAAACACCUAGGUAUUGAUUUUGAAGAUAUCAAACACAUGCAACAGAAUGAGGAAUUUUUCAGAACUGACUUUUCUGGUGAGGAUGACUUCAGAGAUAUUGAUAUAACAGAUGAAAUCCUGACAUACGUCCAAGAUUCUUUAAGUAAGCCUGCCUUCGGGUGUUCAGAUUACCAGCAGCAACAGCCCAUGGCUCUGAACUCCAGCUGUAUGGUACAGGAGCACCUGCAGUUAGAACAGCAGCAGCAGCAGCAGCAGCAGCUCCUCCAACACCACCAAAAUCACAUAGCAGUGGAGCAGCAGCAGCAACUGUGUCAGAAAAUGAAGCAUAUGCAAGUCAAUGGCAUGUUUGCCAAUUGGAACUCUAACCAGUCUGUGCCUUUUAGUUGUCCUCAGCAAGAUCUACAACAGUAUAGUGUCUUUUCAGACUUACCUGGGACCAGUCAGGAGUUUCCCUACAAAUCUGAGAUUGAUGCUAUGCCAUGUACACAGAACUUUAUUCCCUGUAAUCAGUCUGUGUUACCACAGCAUUCUAAGGGGACACAGUUAGACUUUCCCAUAGGAAAUUUUGAACCAUCCCCCUACCAUACUACUAAUUUGGAAGACUUUGUCACAUGUUUACAAGUCCCUGAAAACCAAACACAUGGACUAAAUCCAGAGUCAACCAUAGUAACUCCUCAGUCCUGUUAUGCCGGGGCUGUGUCCAUGUACCAGUGCCAGCCGGAACCUCAGCACAGCCAUGUGGCUCAGAUGCCAUACAAUCCAACCAUGCCAGGUCCACAGGCAUUUUUAAACAAGUUUCAGAAUGGAGGAGUUUUAAAUGAAACCUAUCCCGCUGAAUUAAGUAAUAUAAAUAACACUCAGACUCCCACACAUCUUCAGCCCCUUCAUCACCCACCAGAAGCCAGACCUUUCCCUGAUUUGACAUCCAGUGGAUUCCUGUAAUUCCAAGCCCCUUUUGCACCUUGGUUUUUGGAUGAGUUUGCAGAAGAUUACAGAAUAAUAAUACUGUCAGUGUUGGUCAUCAGCAAGUUUACAUGGAGGCAUUGAUGUGUGUUGUUUGUGCUAUUUUUCCAAACCAAACUUCAGUGUUUUUAAGAGUUAAGAAAAUUACCAGAAAUACAUAUAGUCAUUAAACUAUAAAUUGUGCUGCCACAGGGAGUGAGGUUCCAUCUCUAUUUCACAUGAUUCUGAGUACCAGAGAAUAUACAAAACUUAUUUAGGGGAACUGUAGGACACUUUUAAAUAAAAAUUUGUCAGAAAAAAAUACUUUUGAAUUUUCAGCUUCUAGAUUAUUAUUAAUAUACCAAAUACAAAAUUAAACUCCUUUUGUUUAGCUUUGGCUUUUAUCUCAGAUAUUAAAGUAAGUGAUUUGGUGCUUUUAUAAAAGAUAAUCUCAGUGCUUUCCUCCUUCAUUGUUAAUAUAAGUGCCUCACAAUUUUUUAUACCUAUAACACUGUAGGAUGUAUAUUUGAUAGAAAAUAUACUUUUUUUAAUAACAUUCUGUGCACAAAUAUCAUUUGUAUUUCUUAAAUCAGUCAUUUUUAUUAUUCCAAGCAUGUUUUAAACUGCACUACUCACCCACUUUCUUCAGGAAAAGGGCAAAUAAUGAUUGAAAAGAUAUUUAUUAUAUAAUCUAGUCGCUCCUAGACUUUAAAUGUUGCUCUGUGCCUUAUGUUGAAAAUUUUUCGAAGUAAAUUGUGUUUCCAAAUUAUUUUUUGAUUAUCCUAUAAAUAUUAAGACCACAGCACUAAAAUUCGAAGUUUUCAGAAGAAAGAGAUAUACUACCAUUUACUAAAAUCUCCAUGAUAGUUGAAUGUUGCAAUGUGGAAAAAUCUGCUUGAAUGCAACCUUGUUUAUUAACUUGCAAUGAGAGGUAGCUUUAUUUCUAGCUCUUUAAUCAAUCACCCAUUUCAAUGUGUAUAAAUUCCUUAAAAACUAUUUUAGAUCUAGAAUGAGCUUUAAGGUAUAGUAUGUUGACUUUAUAAAUUUCACUUCUUAGUACGGUGGAAACUUUGUUUUUCUCAUAUUUGAGGAGUGUUCAGAUUGAAUAUAGCAAUGUUUGAUGCAAAAUAUUGUUAUGAGUGAAAUGAAUGGUGCAUUUAUAGUUUAUAAUGAACAAAAUUAUUUGUAAAAUAUUUUCAAUCUUUCAUUUAAAAAAAAGUCUAUACCUUAUAUAUGCAUAUAAUUUGGGUCUUAGAUAUUUUAUCUGUGUGUCUUUGUAAGAAAUCAUAUAAUGAAUCCAACUGUUUUUACCUUGAUAUUGAGACAACCAUGCAGUUCUCUUAACUUCAAGCAUUAUGUUGUUUCUAUGAUAAAAUGACCUUUAUUAUUAAUCACCCUACUAACUUGACCGUCCCUCAGGUGAUUUUUUAAAAAAUACCCUUUUAUUUAAAUGUGACAUCUGAAGGGCAGACACAUUGCAUGUAUUGCAUAAAAAUAUGAUGGAGUAACAAACUGAGAUGUAGUAUUAAAAUAUAACAUUUUUCACUUUUUUAGUAAAUGUAUAUAAAAGUGGCUUCAGAUAAAAUGUCAGUUCUAUGCAUUUUUAGUCAAAAUUUUGAAUCUGUAAAAUCUAUUUAAAUUCUGAAAAAAACAGAUUUUAAAACAUUUCAUAAUUUGUUUCCAGCACCAAGUAUCACAGAAGAAUUAGAGUAGGGUCUGCAUUAAUAUUCCAUUUUUUACACAUAAGCCUUUCAUCAAAAGUCUUCAUGUAACCGUUUUUGUUAGUCUUUCCCAACAUGUUACUGGGUGAGUUAAUUAGCAGAAAAAUAGGCUUAUUUAAAAUUGUGAAUAGGAUGACAGUUAUGCACUUGUACAAUUACAAAAUUUUAAAGCAAUAUUGUAUAUUUUUAUCUAUAUAAAAUAACUAAAAUGUAUCUAAGAAUAAUAAAAUCACAUUAAACCAAAUAACCAUUUGUCUAUAUUGCUAAGUGCCAAACAAAGAAUGCUCUAUGUGUACUGCUCUAACAAGGGAUUCCUUUUUACAUGAAGCGCACUUCUGAGGAUGUGGAUAUGUCUAAUUCGAACUCUUCCUAUACCAGGUUGUUCUUACAGUAUCUGAAGAUUUACCAGUGUUCUGGUGUAUUAGGAAACUGUUAAUCAUUACUAUGCACCAAAUAGUGUUUCUCAGUAUUACCAAAUUUUAGGCACAUGUUUUCAUGGCUUUUCUCUUUUCUUCAAAAUGUUACUGUUUACCUAUGCCAUGCAUACAUUUUUGUUCAAAAUAUGAUUUAUAACAUCCUUAUCAAGCAAAAUUGUAUACAGUAAUAUAUGGUAAUAAAAUAAUCACUAAGUAUAAA